CAUGCGCAGUAGAGUGGCUACAGUGCUAGCAGCUGAGUUGUAUGUGCAGUUAUUAAAUGACAUUAAAAUGGCUAGUUGUUCUUGGGCAGAAAACAUACUCCAGCUUCUCCGUAAAAUGAAUAACUUUUAUUUACCAGGUUCGUGUCGUUCAAGCUGCUUUCGUUUUGAGAUUGAAGGAGCCCAUGUCGGCUGGAUACCUCCUCACGUAGCUUCGCUUUUAGCACGCUAUCCAGACGUGUUCAGUCCGCCACACCAGGGUGCAGUGACCCUCUGCCACGGCCUGGACUCCUACGAAAAGAGAUCCGAGGCUGUGAGUCACGUACUGCAAGCUCUCAGACAGGAGCCCUCUUUAACCUGCCUUAAAGGAUGGAGAGAUGAGGUGAGGCACGCAAGUCAAACGUCAACGUAUACAAUUGUGUCUUUGUGUGGUUUUUCACUGGAAGCAUUACAUACUCUUUACCCGUGGCCAACUGUAUCACGAGUUGUAAAACCAAGCCUGACCCCCCCCCCCAGUCAGAAUUUAGUAAAACGUUUUAACUUUGCAAGCAAUAGACAAUUUAGCUGCUUUUGUUUUAUUUUAUUUUCAAGCUACACAUAUGAGGAUGAAGAGGGUGUGUUUCCAGAAAGCCAGUUUGUCUUUGAUUUGGAACUUCCUUUGGAGUUCAAGCCCAUAAUAGGGGAUGGAGAGGUGCAGGAGUUUUACCUCCUCCCCAUAGAUAAGGUGAAGGAACUGCUGGCCACUGAUGACUUCAAACCCAACUCUGCCAUGGUAGUCUUGGACUUUCUCAUAAGACACUCGUACAUUGACCCUGACACAGAGCCGUACUAUCAGGACUUUGUGACAGGACUCCACCAGAUAUUAUAGAAAGAAGAUGAAGAUUAAACUCACUGUGCCUGAGGCACCAUAUGUCGUGUGGUGCCAACAUUGUUGUUCACAUUUACAGUUGCAAGAAACAUCAUAAAAAUGUGAACUGAUCUUCAGAAACACUAAAGAAAAGUCACACACUUUAUUGUACAACAUGUUAAUAUUAAAUGUAGUGAGUUAUUAUAUUUCACAGGUGUUUUUCAUGCAGUUUUGUUCAGUGGGCUCAGCCUGAUAACUGCAGGUGAGUGGUUCAGAGGAUGGCUGAACCACAUGAGUGCUGGAUCUGAGAAUGACAUGUAAGAGUUAUCAUGCACAACACUUUGCAGGUGUCAUGCAGACCUCAGAGUAAUUAUGCUCUAUAUUAUCUAUAGUCAUAGUAAGACCUUUUAAGUACAAAGUGCAAUUUCAGUUUCUGCAAUUCCACCCAUUAAAUGCAGUAAUCAUACCUGAUUCAAAUCUAGUCAUCUCCUUAUAUACUGCAAUUCUAACUUAGAUUUGUCUAUAGGAUUAAAAAUGUAGAGAA